UGUAUUUAAAUUGCUAUACUCUGCUAAUAUGAUCUUGAGUUUUAGAAAAAAUGAUGAGCAAAGAAAGAAAGAAAUUGUAUGUCUAUGACAAGUCCUAAAACUUAACCACUGAACACCAAGUAGGCUAAAGAAAGGAUGAACAAUAAAGAUGAGUUUGCAUUAUUUCUUAAUAUUCCCAUAUUUCAUAUCUCUCUUUCAUAUAUAUUUCAUAUAGCCUAUAAGAAGGACGAACACGCAUCAAAUCCUGGGCAACUUUACAUGUAGAUCAAAUAGGCUACAUAAGAACGCAAAAAAGAAGAAACCCCCCCUCAAAAAAAUAGUUUUUGCUUGAAAAUCGCGCAUUUGUGUCCAACGAUGGAGACGUGACGAAGCUCGGGGGCGACGUGACGUCACUUCCGGGACGCGGCUCCGUUAGAAAUGGACGACGGUCUUCAGCUGGCGGACGGCGGAUUCGCUAAAAAUGUUGCCAGAUCAGGCAGAAGAGCUCGCCAGGCAGCCGAGAUGAUGAGCGCUGAAGACUCUCGUCAGAGGAGAUCAUCUUCAUCAGUCAGUAACUCAGCAGAGGGACCUCCACCGAAGCCGGCCCGUCGGCAGGGAGGAUGGGCGGAGGAGAGCUCCGGAACCGGUUCUGCCAAGUCUGGACGCCGGCCGGCCGCUGAAGAGCUGGAGGACCGGCGACUGAGGCCACAAACCCCCGAGGGCUCUGACAAUGAAAGUGACAUCCCAGUGAUUCCAGACCUGGAGGAGGUUCAGGAGGAAGACCUCACCAUGCAGAUCGCCGCUCCACCCAGUAUCCAGGUGAACAGAGUUAUGACCUACAGAGACCUGGACAACGACCUUAUGAAGUACUCAGCCUUUCAGACCCUGGAUGAAGAGAUUGACCUGAAACUGCUCACGAAGGUUUUAGCCCCGGAGCAGGAGGUGAGAGAGGAGGACGUGGGCUGGGAUUGGGAUCAUCUGUUCACCGAGGUCUCCUCUGAACUCCAGACGGAAUGGGAUCAAGGAGAGCGGGAAGAUCAGUCUCCACUUCCUGUGGCCUGAGGAUGGAUUUACACGUCGCGUGUUCAGAUAGGAAAAUAUUGUUCACAUUGAAUGUGUCUCUUGACGAUGGCGGUGCGUCGUCGCUUACUCUCUGUGUUUGUCGUGAAGGUUAACCUUGCAAACCCAGAAACAUUGCUUUUCUUAACUGGAUCAAUCGGGAGACAUUUGUCACCGCUUGUAGUAUCUGGAAAAGGCUCAAAUCCAAGGUUAAUGAGCGGGAAAACUAAAAUCCAGUUGAUUGAGUUAAAAUGAACUUUGCACAUCCGAGCAAGCCGGCCUUAUCGUUAUUGACCACACCAUCGACCAUCCGAGCUCGUCCUGUUCUCACGAGCGUCUUUCCUGCGUUUCUGUCACACCGUGUGGAUCAACACAAUAACAUGCUUCAUUUCAGACAGAACAUCAAAUAUAUGCAUUCGAAUGUCACUAUUAGAAAAAUGUACGUUUUUAUAAUCAUUAGUAUAUAUCUUGUGUAUCGUGUAUUUGUUUUUAAAUGGCUUAAAGGUUAAAAGAGGAUCUAUCAUUAUGAUUGAAAAUAAAAACAAUUAAAAGUA